AGAAUCAUCUGCUUAAAAAUAUUUACAAAAUAAUUAUUUCAAAAAUAACCUUCAAAAUUAAAAAAAAAAAAAUAAUUAAAAAAACUCUGUGUUUGUGUGCUGUGUAAAUUAUAUAAAAGUGUUGAAUAUACACACAUAUAUAAAAAUAUAUAACCUCAAGAAUCUUCAAAUUUAUCUAAUCUAGAUAUAAGAUUUAUUUUCUUAUCUUUGAAUCCAUCUAAUUAUGCAUUAAAAAAACAUAAACAAAAAAAUUUGAAUUAUGAUAUGAAGAAAAAAACAAAUAAAUGAUUGAUAAUAAUAAUUAUCAAUGAUACUAAUUACAAGUUGUAUAAAAUAAUUUAAAUUUGAAAAAUUUGAGACUUUUAAUUCAUAAUUUUUAUUUAUAAUUUAAAUUUUUAAAAAAUGGAUAAUUAUCCGGCGCCUAGAUUUGAAGGAAAAUUAGAAUCAUUUGACUCCUGCAUGAUUGACGUCCAAGGACGAGACAUAACUGCUGGUGUUGUCAGUCAGAGUCAUCAGGAAACCAGAUGCAAUCCUGAUAAUAAUGAUAACAAUGAAGCGACACCGAUACGGGACGAUCACCAGGACCACCAGGAUCAGGAUAAUCGACACACGAUUCAAAUAGCGACCAUUCAAAAUAACACGACCCAAAAUAUGACCUUGACUCCCAUCAGGUUGCCCGCAAUUCUAGACGGUGAAUUUUUUUCAGUUGUCCGGGUUGAUGACACAAACGUCACAGUCCGCUGUCAGCAAUGUCAUAAAUUAUUAAAUGGGAAUCUUAAAUCAACGGGGAAUUUCUUGAGUCACAUAAAAAGAGUCCAUCCAAUGAUAAUUGAAAAAAUAAAAUGUAAAUCGAAUCAACGUAAACCAGCGAUAGCUUACGUGGAUUUAUCAUCAGAAAAAACACCAGAAAUAAUAAAAACUAAACGUGGAUAUCGUAAAUGUUCAAAACAAGAAGAGCCACAAAUUAAUGGAGAAGAAGUAUUUGAUCCAACUCCAGACAUAUGGAGCGAGUCGCCGGUCAAGAAACGUAAGCACGACGACAGUGACACUGACAUAAAUAAAUACUUGCAGUCUAGCAAUUCCUCCUCAAUGGAAGACGAGUUUGACGCAAUCGGAAAAAAUGUUGCCGCGAAAUUACGCGGUAUGCGAUUGGACCAGAGGAUAGUCGCGGAAAAACUUAUAAACGACGUGCUGUUCGAAGCGCAGCUCGGUACCCUCCAUCGAAAUUCAACCUUGCAAGUUGAAUGACGUCCAUUUUUUAAAUAAUAUUCCAUCAAGUAUCUAACUUAUUAAUUAAGAGAUUUAAUUAUCGUUUAGUUGAUAUUUUAUUGAAAAUAUAAAUAA